CUUAUCUUAUCAUGUAACUGUACCAGUAAUUAAAGGUAAUCUUAUUACGUACUGUACCGUAAUAGCGUACGUAUCAAAAUGAGGGAAAUCGUACAUGUACAAGUGGGUCAAUGUGGUAAUCAAAUUGGGUCUAAAUUCUGGGAAAUCAUUUCUGAUGAACACGGUAUAGAUCCAAAUGGAAAAUAUAUUGGAGAUUCUGACCUUCAAUUAGAAAGAUUGAAUGUAUAUUACAAUGAAGCAAGUGGUGGUAAUUAUGUACCUAGAUCCAUAUUGGUGGAUUUAGAACCUGGAACUAUGGAUUCUGCAAGAUCUGGGCCGUAUGGGGCGCUAUUUCGACCAGAUAACUUCGUUUUUGGCCAAUCCGGUGCAGGAAAUAACUGGGCAAAAGGACAUUAUACAGAAGGUGCUGAGCUGGUAGAUUCCGUUAUGGACGUAAUAAGAAAAGAAUCCGAAAAUUGUGAUUGUCUUCAAGGUUUCCAGCUUGUUCAUUCUAUUGGUGGUGGUACUGGUUCUGGUAUGGGUACACUUUUAAUAGCAAAAAUGCGUGAAGAAUAUCCUGAUAGGAUAAUGACAAGUUUUUCUGUAGUACCAUCACCAAGAGUAUCUGAAACUGUAGUAGAACCUUACAAUGCAACUUUAUCAGUUCACCAAUUAAUCGAAAAUACCGAUGAAACUUUCUGUAUAGAUAAUGAGGCACUUUAUGACAUUGCUAUGCAUACACUGAAGUUACCUUCACCAUCAUACGGAGAUUUGAAUUAUUUAGUUUCACUUACCAUGUCAGGUGUAACCACUUGUUUGAGGUUCCCAGGUCAACUAAAUGCAGAUCUUCGCAAAUUAGCAGUUAACAUGGUUCCUUUUCCUCGACUUCAUUUCUUCGUACCUGGAUUUGCACCCCUUACCCCUAGAAACAGCAUAAAAUACAGAGCUUUAUCAGUAUCAGAACUUACUCAACAAAUGUUUGAUUCCAGAAACAUGAUGGCUGCUUGCGAUCCAAGAAAUGGAAGGUAUUUAACAGUUGCUACUGUAUUCAGAGGAAAAAUGUCAAUGAAAGAAAUUGACGAACAAAUGUUCAACAUUCAAAACAAGAAUAGUAGUUACUUCGUUGAAUGGAUACCGAAUAAUGUUAAAGUUGCUGUUUGUGAUAUUCCUCCCAGAGGAUUAAAAAUGUCUGCCACAUUUAUAGGAAAUACCACUGCCAUUCAAGAAUUAUUCAAACGAGUAUCUGAACAAUUUAAUGCCAUGUAUGCUAGAAAGGCUUUCGUACAUUGGUAUACUGGAGAAGGUAUGGAUGAGUUGGAAUUCACCGAAGCAGAAUCAAACAUGAAUGAUUUGAUAUCCGAAUAUCAACAAUACGAAAACGCUGCUGUUGAUGAUGAAGGAGAUUUUGAUGACGAAUUAGAAGAAGAGCCUGCUGAAGAGAAUUGAAUAAUUCCAUAUAAGAAAUUUAAGACAUUCUUUUUGUAAAUUAUUUCCAUUGUCAAUCAAAAUAAAUUUCUUUACUAAGA